AUGUCCAUGCUGGUCCUGCAGCCUUUGGACCGGGGGCUUGGGAAGCGUCUUGGUCGCUUUGCUGGAUUUGAUGAACUUCAAGGGGUUGUUAACCAUGGCAGUAAAACACUUCAGAGCCUCAUGGAGACUGUAGCUUGGAAUGUCAGGAUUGACCCCAACAGCAUCUCCUUCAGCAUGUGGAAAGACAUUCCUGUUCCUUUCUACAUGGCAGUGCACUUCUUCGAAGUGCUGAACCCCAAGGACGUCCUCCAGGGAGCGAAGCCGGUGCUGAACCAGCGUGGACCUUAUGUUUACAGAGAGUUCAGAUAUAAGACAAAUAUCACAUUCCAUGACAAUGACACUGUCUCCUUCCUGGAGUACCGGAAACUCUUCUUCCAGCCGGACUUGUCCAACGGCACUGAAGAUGAGUACGUCGUUGUGCCAAACAUUUUAAUGAUGGGAGCAGCUGUAAUGAUGGAAAACCUGCCAAGCUUUGUGAAGUUUUUACUGAGUGGAGCCCUGGCUGGCCUGAAACAGGAGGCGUUCAUGAACCGGACGGUGGGGGAGAUCAUGUGGGGGUAUGAAGACCCUCUUAUAGACACAAUAAAUAUGAUUGUUCCUGGUCUAAUCCCUUUCAAGGGGAAAUUUGGCUUAUUUAAAGAGCUUAAUAACUCCAAUUCGGGACUGUUCACAGUGAACACAGGCAUGAAGAACAUCAGUAGAGUUCACAUGGUGGAUACAUGGAAUGGACUAAAGAAGGUGAACUACUGGCGGAGCAGCCAGUGCAACAUGAUCAAUGGGACUGCGGGGGAGAUGUGGCCACCGUUCAUGUCCCCGACGUCGCUGGAGUUCUACAGCCCUGACGCAUGCAGGUCCAUGACACUAGUGUACGAGCAGUCUGGGAAGUUUGAGGGUGUGCCCACCUACCGCUUUGUGGCACCGAAAACUCUCUUUGCCAAUGGCACAGACUAUCCACCCAAUGAAGGCUUCUGCCCCUGCAUGCAGUCUGGCAUCCAGAACGUCAGCACCUGUAGGCUAAAUGCACCAAUAUUCAUCUCCCAUCCUCACUUCUACAACGCUGACCCAGCCUUGGUGGACGCCGUCGAAGGCCUCCACCCCAGCAAGGACCAGCAUGGGCUUUUCCUCGACGUGCACCCGAUGACGGGCAUCCCCAUGAAUUGCUCCAUCAAGCUCCAGCUGAACCUGUACAUAAAGCAGGUGUCUGGUAUAAUUCAAACAGGGAAGAUAAAGCCAGUGGUCCUGCCGCUGCUGUGGUUUGCAGAGAGCGGAUCCAUCGAAGGCUCAGUCCUAAAGCAGUUUUACACCAACCUGGUGCUGAUCCCAUCCCUGCUGGACUACCUGCAGUAUAUCUUCCUUGGGCUGAGUGUUCCACUCAUUAUCUCAGCAGCUGUGCUCAUGGCAAUGAGUCAGAGAGCCGGUGCCAAGAAGAGCCCGUGCCACCCCACCACGCAGAGCAAACCGCCCCCCUCCUCCGAGACAACGCCGCUCCUACACGACGCCGACACGCUGAGCCAGGACGACGCCGAAGCCUGAGCCGCCAGCCCCCGCACGCUGCCCACCGGGACACGUCCGUGCUGGGGGCGAGACCUGCUUUGGAUCCCCGGAGGUCUCUGGAAGGUGAAGUCGUCCUGAGCAACUCAGCGGAGACCCCGUGCACCCUGGCAAAGGCACGGGACAGUACUGCUGCACCAGCUCUCCCGCGCUGGGGCACGGGAGACCUCAUCCAGACACCCAAACCACAGCGUUGUUCCCAGGGGGGCGGCCUUUGCCACAGCCCCUCUCUCCCUGUGAGCCAGCAGCAAUGAAGAUGAUCACUGGUUGAGCCGUGAAGUUAUUUUGCAAUUUAAGACUGCCUAUUGCUAGGAAUAAAAGGCACUUUAACAGGAGCCUUUAAAAUAAAUGAGGUUUGUAUACGUAGCACUGAUGGGAUUUAGUGAUCUUUUUAAAAGCCGCUGUUCAUCUCACGCGAAUGGGGCUUGCUAUCCUGAAGCCACUUAUGGUUUUAUUGCCACUUGAUGUGACUGGACUACACCACAAAUCAAUUCUGGGUGCUGUCACAUCAGUGAUGUCUCUUCCCAGAGUACCUGGGGCCUGCCCAGGGUUGCUCCAGCCUUUGCACAUGUUGGAGAGUACAGUGGUGACACUUAAAGCCCCGAUUCUGUGCCGUGACCUUGCGCUCCAGUGAUUCUAGCCCACAACCCUUUUACUUAGCCUCUCCUUGCUUUACGUGACCGCGCGAGAUGAGCCUUGCCAGAAAACUCAGUGGUACAUCUGACCUGGCGCUCAGCUCCUGCUGCCUGCUCAGCUGCCCAGGCUCAGCUCUUCUGCCCGUGCACUGUCCGAGCUGCGAGGCCAUCGUGUCGCUCUGCUCGUGCUGCCUGCAGGUGGAAAGGGAGUAGGCAGAAACUUGACCCAGUCCUUGAGCCUUAACAAAGAUACUCGUGCUUUUGAGAUGGAGGAAGCUAUGUGCAAUCGUGAAAAUAACAAUGGCCUUAGUAGGUUUUGAUUAAAAUAUUGCAGAUUUCUGAAAUGAUGUCUUGGGGGAUCUGGGACUGGGUGUCAACUAGGGCUGGGUUGGCUGAGGUCACUCUUUAGUGGGAAAGAAGCUCAAGGCCCAGGGAUAAUCUUGGGUAACUACCAAUCACUAGUUGGCUACUACACCUCCCUUCCCUGCUUCCAACCAGGAACUGGGCUAGCCCUUGGGAAAACCAAAGGGGCCCGUGCUGGUGCCUCUGGCAAGGACAAAACAGAGUGGGGGGAGUCUCUGGUUUCUCUUGGACCACGGGACUUGUUGCACUUGUGUGUGACAUGGAUUCUGUGGUGGUCUAGAAACUGUUGCACUGGUCUAGGACAGUCCUGUGAUCUCCUAGUAGGGUAAGAGGGUGUUAAGUUCCUCUUACACCUCCGUCCUUGCUAGGCUGGAAGAGCACAGGAGCUAAAACCAAGACCAGCAGUUUCUAUGCUGGUGCAUUCCUUACUGGCCAUGUCCCCGGUCCUGCAGCUGGGCUCAGGGUGGUUCACCGUGUUGUGAUACAGCCCAGGUCAUGAAGGGGACGGGUAGCAGCUACCCAGAACUUGGCCCAUAGGCUGAACUUGCCUAGAUGCCCAAAGCGUGUCUCACAGGCAGGAUGGGACUAGCCAAGCCCCUUCUUGUGGCCAGAACUGCUGGAUUAUUACUGUGGCAUGAGUCCUCACUGCGGGUGAUGCUCAAAGUACAGCUGUAAACUCUCUCUGGCCUUGAAUCCCAAGGUAGCCACCUGCACACAGUGGCUCACAGCCCCCAGCCUCAGCCAGUGACAAGUGUCACGGGAACAGGGCAGGGGCACGGCCCCAGCCAGGGCGCUGUGGGACGCUUCCACUCUCACCAGUACGACCCAGCGGCAUUCGGCAAAGCUUAACUAGAUCAAAGAUAACCACCCUUGGGCUCGCCUGCUUGAGGCUUGAAUGACGUACUGGUACUGAUUGCUGUUGUACAGGUGGAAACAAAUAAAAUACUGGAAUAUU